GGGGGUGGACCGGGGAGGGUAGGGAGGAGGAGCGGCCAAGACUGGGUCUAAAUGCUCCCAAGCAGCUCAUUAUCGCUGCCACAGGGGUGGCGCUGGGGGUGUUCCAGGCCCCUGUUUUCAGGGAGGGUAACUGUAACCCCCUACUCUCCCAUGGUCCUAGGAACCGUGCGUGAGGUCCGGUUGUGCUGGCAAUGCACGGACGGCGGGAGAUGAAAGGGCGGGUUACGGGGGUCCGUGGGGCCAGUUCCCAGGGUACCGCUGAAAAGGAUUCUCUCUGUGCUUCAACUUUCCUGGUUGUCUCCUUCCCUCUCCCGGGCCCGACUCAGUGCAUUUCCCCCGCCUCCGGGGACCCCGGAGCCGCCAGCUCUCCAGGAAUUGGGAGUUUCUUGACGUUCCCUACCCGGGCUUCGCGAAGGGCGGGGAUAGUGUGGCAAGGGGCCGUCGCGCAAGUGCAGCUCGCGCCUCGGCCGCAAACGGCGGGCCUCACCUGGGGCCGGAGGAGAAACGCACCGACCGGCGGGCGGGGAAGUGCUGACGUCCCUGCCCGCUCCCACCCGCCCGCUACCCCGCCCCAGGCUCGCCGCCUCUGCCACCCCGCCUGCCCGCGGCGGGUGGGCGCUUCCCUGCACUCUCCGCGACACUUUGCAGACGCUCCCCGGCGCCGGGCAUGGGCGCCGCCGCUGUCGGUCCCCUGGCCGGAUUCCGCUCGCGGGUGGUGCCCCUGAGGCGCCAAGCUGCCUGGGUUCACUGGAGGCCACGCCAUGAAUGACCGAAACAGCCGGAGGAGGACACUGAAGAAAGACGAUGAGGCCUUCGAGAUCUCCAUCCCCUUCGAUGAGACGCCCCACCUAGACCCACAGAUCUUUUACAGUCUGAGCCCCUCUCGGGGAAACUUCGAGGAGUCUCCGGAUGCCACAUCCCCAACCGUGGCCCUGAUGAAUGGUGUCAGGGCCCAGCUGCACAUGGCCCUGGAGAGAAACUCGUGGUUGCAGAAGCGCAUCGAGGACCUGGAGGAGGAGAGGGACUUCCUGCGGUGUCAGCUGGACAAGUUUAUCUCCUCAGCCCGCGUGGAUGCAGAGGACCACUGCCGGGUGAAGCCUGGGCCCAGGCGGGUUGAGGGGGACAGCCGGGGUGGGGCUGGGGGCGAGGCCUCAGAUCCGGAAUCAGCGGCCUCCUCACUCAGCGGAGCAUCUGAAGAAGGCAGUACUGUGGAGAGGAAGAGACAGAAGCAGAAGGGAGGUGCUGGCCGGAGGCGCUUUGGGAAGCCCAAGGCACGGGAGAGGCAGCGGGUGAAGGAUGCAGACGGAGUCCUCUGCCGCUACAAGAAGAUCCUGGGCACCUUCCAGAAGCUGAAGAGCAUGUCUCGGGCCUUUGAGCACCACCGAGUAGAUCGCAACACGGUGGCGCUGACCACGCCCAUCGCGGAGCUGCUCAUUGUGGCCCCAGAGAAGCUGGCGGAGGUGGGCGAGUUCGACCCCUCUAAGGAGCGUCUGCUAGAGUACUCGCGCCGCUGCUUCCUGGCCCUGGACGACGAGACCCUCAAGAAGGUGCAGGCGCUCAAGAAGAGCAAGCUGCUGCUCCCCAUCACCUACCGAUUCAAGCGGUGAUCCUGCCCCACCUGGCCUGGGACGCGCCCUUGGCCCCCACUUCCCUCCCUCCUGUGUCCCUCCUGGCACCGGGCGAGCGUGUGCAUGAGUGGCGUGCUCCUCCAGAGGCCCUGGGGUGUUUCUGCACGUGCCUCUCCUGCUCCUGCAGAUCCCCACUCCCACCCCAGGUCCCUCGUAUAUAGAUCCGGUCCCCUCCUUGCCUCUCACGUUCCUAGCAGCCUCCCCUUUCUCUUUAACCCCUGGGGAGGGGCGUCCACUUAGCCUGGCUCCCAAGCCCCCAGGAUUAGGUUUCUGCCCUUUCCCAAACACUGGCACCCCUCCCACGCGAGCUGCACCGUCCUGCCGUCAACGGGCGCUUCCUCUGGGGGACACUGGGAGACUCUCUGCGGGGCCAGGCACUGUACAUACCCCGUCUCUACCCCCAGCCCUGAGGGGAGGCUGGCCCACUCUGCCAGGAGCUCUCCACCCGCAUUCCGGGCAAGAAAGAAUUAUUCAGAGAAUUUAAAUUAAAGAGAGACGAUAAAAUUUGGAAUAAACUAGGCCCGGCUCCUUUUUGGAGGGGUGUCCGUUGCCGCGGAGACAGUGACGGGGGUCCCGGCGAGUUCCACGGAGCGGGCGGUCAGGCAGGGAGCAGGAGCUCGGGGAGACAGGGUGUAAUUAGCACCCCCGGCGGCAGGGGCGGGAGGAGGGAAAGCAGCUGUGCCGCAGGCAACUCGGAGAGGUA